AUGUCGUCUCCGACCUCUGCGGCCCACAGCGCGGCCAAGCGCAAGCGCAACAACACGGCCACCACCCUCGACAUGGACCGACACCCAACUAUCCAAAGCGAGUCUCGCGAUGCCUCCGGCGAGGAGGGCGACACCACCGCUGCGGAAUCAUACACCGCCCCCACUUCCACCGGUGCCGGCCACCGCAAGACCGAUUCGUCCACCAGCGCUGUCGCGCACCCGAGCAAACGCCAGCGCGCCGGAUCCGACCAGACCGCUACGCCUACUGUUGGCGCAGGCUCGACUGCCGGGGGGAAUAACACGAUAACCGAUCCGGGUGAGCCAAGCGAUACCACCGAGGCGAGCGUCGAUAUUGCUGAGCGCGUGACGCGCAGCGGCAUCAAGGGUGGAAGCCGACGAUCGACCACAAAGGGCGCUGAGGGUGGUAGCAGUAUCAAUGGCAGCGGCAUGACGAGCAGCAGGACGACGGCCGCGAUGGCACCUCCGCCAAUUGGGAAGCUCACACACCCCGUGGGUUAUACGACGAACCCACCGCCAACUGGCCGGGCAGUCAGGGUAUAUGCCGACGGCGUGUUUGAUUUGUUUCAUCUGGGACACAUGCGCCAGCUCGAGCAGGCCAAAAAGGCCUUCCCCGAUGUGUACCUGAUCGUGGGCGUGACCGGUGACGAAGAGACGCACAAGCGCAAGGGCCUGACCGUGUUGUCGGGCAAGGAGCGUGCAGAGACGGUGCGCCACUGCCGCUGGGUCGACGAGGUUAUCGAGAACUGCCCCUGGAUUGUCACCCCGGAAUUCCUAGAAGAGCACCAGCUCGACUAUGUCGCCCACGACGACCUGCCAUACGGCGCGGACGAAGGCGAUGAUAUUUAUUCGCCCAUCAAGGCGGCUGGCAAGUUCUUGGUCACGCAGAGAACCGAGGGAGUGAGCACCACGGGUAUUAUCACAAAGAUCGUCCGCGACUACGAAAAAUACAUCGCCCGUCAGCUCAAGCGCGGCACAUCCCGCCAAGAACUCAACAUCAGCUGGCUCAAGAAGAACGAGCUCGAGCUCAAGCGCCACGUCCAAGACCUGCGCGACAACAUCCGCACGAACUGGGCGACCACCGGCCAAGAACUCAGCCGCGAACUGCGCCAGUACUGGCCCACCUCGCGUCCACAAAGCCCGGCUCGCUUCACGCGCGAGUUCAGCAAUGGCGGGAAUGGCAGCGGUGAUUUGCCGCCGAGUAGUCCGCUCGGGCCGGGGCCGUCCGGUUUGGCGGCGGGGGGGCAGCAGCAGGGCGGGUUCCCGUUCCCGAGGAGUCCGCCGACGGGCGUUGCGACGGCGGGGGAACGGGCGACGAAUAAUGUGAAUGAUUUUGUGACGGGGUAUACGUUGGGGUUGAUUGGUGGUGUGCGGUCAUGGAUGACCAAGAGCCGCAGGGUAUCAAGAGAAGGCGAGGGUGAGAGCCGCCCCGUCAGUGACGACGAUUCGGAGGAGAGCGAGGAAGUACCCGCGGGCCGUCGGUCGUUGCAGAUGCCUACGAGUCAACGAGGUUGA